ACAAUUUUCCCGGGAAACAAACGUCUCUCUCUCUCUCUCUCUCUCUCUCUCUCUCUCUCUCUCUCUCUCACCUCUUCCCUUCUCUCUCUCUCUCUCUCUCUCUUUCUCUCUCUUUCACACACACACACACAGGGAACUCUCUCUGGCUUUUAUUCUUUUCUUUGUUUCGCCGUGCUGUUCUUUAAGUUUUCACUGCGGAAGUUUCGGAAAAGGAAAAUGGCAACUUCUGCAAUGUCUGCUAUACUGCUUCUCCUGACCAUUCUUCAUCUUCGAUCGGAGAUUCUAUCUGUGACUGCAUUACCUGAUCAAAAUUUAGAUUACUUGAAAUUUGUAUACAAUGCCAGUGAUCUAUCCUUCUCAGGAGAUGAAUACGAUUAUAUUGUUAUUGGAGGUGGAACAGCAGGUUGUCCAUUGGCUGCAACCCUAUCACAAAAGUAUUCAGUUUUAGUCCUGGAAAGAGGUGGGGUUGCCCAUGUGAGCCCAAAUGUAUUGCAUAAAGAGGGGUUCUUGAUCAAUCUUUUGCAAGCGGAUGACAGGGAGUCAGCUACACAGGCAUUCACAUCAGAAGAUGGGGUGCUGAAUGCUAGAGGUAGGGUCCUUGGUGGGAGCAGUAUGAUCAAUGCUGGUUUCUAUUCCAGAGCAGAAGAGGAUUUUUAUCUAAAAUCAGGCAUAGAAUGGGACAUGUUUGUGGUUAAUGAGGCAUACCAGUGGAUUGAACAGGCUAUUGUGUUUCCCCCAAAUAUUACAGUUUGGCAGUCUGCAGUGAAACAGGCUUUGCUUGAAGCUGACAUCGGUCCAGAUAAUGGAUUUAGUCUUGAUCAUGUAAAAGGAACCAAGGUUGGGGGGUCAGUAUUUGAUGGAGCAGGAAGGAGACAUGGAGCUGUGGAACUGUUGAAUAGAGCUGAGCCAAAUAACUUGCUAGUUGCAGUGCAUGCUACAGUAGAGAGGAUUAUAUUCUCCUCCUCCAAUUCAUCAGGUUUGUCUGCUGUUGGUGUCAUUUAUAGUGAUGCUAUUGGCAAGUCUCAUGAGGUUAUGUUACGCGGUAAUGGAGAAGUUAUUUUGAGUGCUGGAGCCAUUGGAAGCCCUCAGCUUCUGCUAUUAAGUGGUAUUGGCCCACGUCAGUAUCUUUCGUCUCUUCAAAUUCCAGUCAUCCUUCACCAGCCUAAUGUGGGUCAGUUUCUCUAUGACAAUCCCCGUAAUGGAAUUAACAUAAUUCCUCCUUUUCCAUUGGAGCAGUCAUUGAUUCAGGUCGUAGGAAUUACAGGCAAUGGUUCCUACAUAGAGGCUGCCUCUAAUGUGGUGCCAUUUUUUUCUCCUCCACACUUCAGUCUUUUUCCAGAUCCAUCUCUUCCUAUAUAUGUCAAUGUGGCCACUUUAAUGGAGAAGGUCUCAGGGCCCCGGUCGAUUGGUUCACUCACACUGGGAUCAUCUACCGACGUGAGGGUCAGUCCAAUUGUCCGCUUUAACUACUUAACUGAUCCGAUUGAUUUGGCUCGAUGUGUCACUGGAAUGCAGAUAAUUGGUAAAAUGAUGGCAACCCAGUCCAUGGAUCAGUUUAAGUCUCAAGGUUUGCUGGGUAGAAGAAGUUUCAGAUUUCUGGGGCCAACUUUACCUGAGAACUUAUCAGAUACAGCAUCAAUUGAAACUUUUUGCCAGAGGACUGUGACCACCAUAUGGCACUACCAUGGGGGAUGUCUGGUAGGGAAGGUGGUUGAUGGUGAUUUUAGGGUUAUUGGGAUCAAUGCGCUCCGAAUUGUCGAUGGGUCCACUCUAACUGUCUCCCCAGGAACAAACCCGCAGGCUACUCUUAUGAUGUUAGGCCGUUAUGUUGGCCUAAAGAUCAUUGAAGAAGCAAUUAUACAUGAUGGUGAAAUUCCUUGGUAGAUCCAGUCUAUCACUGUAGACUGCAAUUUUAACUUUGAGCCAGGAAGAAGAACCGUACGAUUCUUCAACAGAAACGUCAGAUUUGUUCAUUGCUGGAAUUUGACAGCAACUAUACAUCGCUCUGUAGAUAUUUCUUUGUAGUUGUUCGCCUCACAUUGCAAUUAUGAACGACUUUGGAGUUAUGAUUUCCAAUUUGUUCUUCUGGUUUAGGAAUUCAAAUGCACUGCUUUGCCUUGGAGUUUAUAUUGAAAAUGAUUAUUAGAGAAA